GUAUCAGGUUGUGUUUUUUUCCAUUACAUGUUUUGGGAGUUUAGUAGAAAAGUGCUAUAAUUGGCAGUCAGUUUGUUAGUGAUCUCAAAGAGUGAGACAUCCAUGGAGCUGGGGGAUGGGAGGAGGGCACCGAGCAGAGAAGGGAGGUAGUUGUAUUGAUCCAUAAUCCAAGAUAAUGGUUUCAGGCAGUUGUAAUCCAUAGAGGCAAGAAAGUGACUGAAGGACUUCAGGAUCUAAUUUGGAUUGGGAAGGAAAAGAAGUCAAAAGGGGGAAGAUAACUUGGAGGGAAGGAACCAAACUAGGGGGGCAGCUUUUAUUCUUGUUUGUAGAAGGCUGUACUGUGGCAUCAGUCAACCAACACUCAGAUGGUGGUCCGUGAUCUGCCCAGUGCUCAGCACACUGUUAAUUAACUCAUAGGACCCCCCCUACAGCACGAGUGGGAUGGAUCUUUGACUAUAAUCAUUUCGGUAAGUUUCUCCAGGGUGAAAGUUCUUUGGAUUGGGGCUUCUCAACUUUCGGGCUAUUGACAUUUUUGGGCUAAUUCUUUGGGGAUGAGGAGUUGUUCUGUGCAUUGUAGAAUGCUGAGCAGCAUCCCUGUCUUCUACUUACUAGAUGUCAGCAGCACCCCCACACCUGCAGUUGUGACAGCCAGAAGUGUUUCUAGAUGUUGCAAAUGUCCCCUGAUGAACAGAUUUACUUCUUGUUUACUACCACAACUCUAGAUUCUGCUGGUUUUCCUCUUGGUCUCUGUUGUAGGUUUCCCUCACCUUCAUUAGCUCCUUGAGGCAUUUCAGCUCUGUUGGUUUGGAGAGUUCAGGUUAUUUCAGCCUUGUGGCCUCUUCCCAAAUUUUUUUCAUUCUGAAAAUAAACCAUCACUAGGGGUGAGACAAAGAGGUUUAUGAAGGCCUAGACAUCAUCACCAACAAGGUUUCUUCCCAAGAGCAGAGACUCUGCCAGCACCACAUGAUCAGCUUUGUGGAUCCUCUUGUGACAAAUUACACAGUGGUGGACUUCAGAAACAAGGCAACUGCUCUGAUUGAAGAUAUAUUUGCCCGAGACAAAAUUCCUAUUGUCGUGGGAGGAACCAAUUAUUACAUUGAGUCACUGCUCUGGAAAGUUCUUAUCAGCACUAAGCCUCAGGAGACGGACACGGAGAAAGUGAUUGACCGGAAAGUGGAGCUUGAAAAGGAGGAUGGCCAUGCACUCCACAAACGCCUGAGCCAGGUGGACCCAGAAAUGGCUGCCAAGCUACACCCACAUGACAAGCGCAAAGUAGCCAGGAGCUUGCAAGUGUUUGAAGAAACGGGAAUCUCUCAUAGUGAAUUUCUUUGUCGUCAACGUGCAGAAGAAGGUGGUGGUCCCCUUGGAGGCCCUCUCAGGUUCCCUAACUCCUGCAUCCUCUGGCUUCAUGCUGACCAGACAGUUCUAGAUAAGCGCUUGGAUAAAAGAGUGGAUGACAUGCUUGCUGCUGGGCUCUUGGAUGAACUAAGAGGUUUUCACAGACGCUAUAAUCAGGAGAAAGUUGCAGAAAAUAGCCAGGACUAUCAACAUGGUAUCUUCCAAUCAAUUGGCUUCAAGGAAUUUCACGAGUACCUGAUCACUGAGGGAAAAUGCACACCAGAGACUAGUAACCAGCUCCUAAAGAAAGGUAUUGAGGCUCUGAAACAAGUGACUAAGAGAUAUGCCCGGAAGCAAAACCGAUGGGUUAAAAACCGUUUUUUGAGCAGACCUGGUCCCAGUGUCCCUCCAGUAUAUGGCUUAGAAGUAUCUGAUGUCUCGAAGUGGGAGGAGUCUGUUCUUGAACCUGCUCUCGAAAUUGUGCGGAGUUUCAUCCAGGGCCGUAAGCCUGCUGCUGCUCCAGUCAGGAUGCCACACGAUGAAACCGAGAACAAGAGGAGUUACCACAUGUGUGACCUCUGUGACCGAAUCAUCAUUGGGGACCGUGAAUGGGCAGCACAUAUAAAAUCAAAAUCCCACUUGCACCAACUGAAGAAGAGAAGAAGAUUGGAUUCAGAUGCCGUCACCACCGUAGAAAGUCAGAGUAUUUCCCCAGACUGUGACAAAGAGCUUAAAGAGAAGGGGUCCCCAGGGCAGAAUGGGGAAGAGCUGAGACCCAGUGUUUAAGAGACAUAUCCGGGAUCUUUGCAAAGGUGGCAGGGGUCCGGUUCAGGAGGGAGGCUUGUGUCUGUGUCCCAGGCUGGACAGAGGAGUGCCCUGUCAUUCAGUGGUGUGGUUUUAAAGUAUAAUGUUCUCUGUCGUGGAAAUAGCAGGUCUUGUCAGCUCCUGCUGUGGCCCAUGUGUCUGGCAGUCAUACAUUCAGGAAGGGGUUUUUUUUCUGUUAACCUUAAAGGUUUUUAUUUUUAAAAGAGGCACAGAUAGCACUUUUUUACACUUGAAGGUCUAUUUGGUGAUGAGUACCGGGAUCUACUAUAUCCUUUAAAAAAGAAGUUUUAUAUCCCUGACUUUGGCUAAAAAUACCUAAUUUGCAGACACUUUAAAGAUGACUGAACUGAUUUGUGAGACUCACAAAUCAGUUCUGUAUUUGAGUGAACGGCAGGAAAGGACUGGCCCUAGUGAGAUGGUUCAGUGAACCAAACCAGUUCUUGGAAUUCAGAGGAGAGAAUCAGUCCAAGGCGGCUGGGACAUGGGACUUGAAAAACCAGAGACUGUGACACUUGCUGAGGUCCUCACGUGUGGUAGUUACUAUCACUGCUGUCUUCCUGUUGAGUUAGGAAUGUAUAUUUUUGAUGAAAGUUAAAUAAAGAAAAAGUUUGUAGGAG